CUCAUUUUCCACUGAAUAUUAAUGUAUUUUUGGGUCAAAAAUGAUUAAUUAAUUAAUAAAACAAUUAAUUUAACGAUAAAACCUGCGAUGUAUUAAUCAAGAUCAUUGACAAAACACCCAUUUAUUAAUACAACACUCAAACCCGAGUCAAUAACCAUGUAUUAGUCUAAUUUCAAGAGUCAUAAACAUUUAAUUUUCUUCAGCCACACAUCAAUUGGUGACAGAAUCUCAUCCAUGGAUACGACAAAUCAGUUUUAAGAGUUGAACAUCAAGAUGAUUGGUAUGACAAUGGACCCGACUAUGGUUAUGCCAACAAUGGACCCGACUAUGGAUAUGCCAACAAUGGACCCGACUAUGGUUAUGCCAACCAGUGGUGGUGGCGGUAUGGAUAUGGAUAUGGGUAUGAAGAUGUACUUCCACACCGGAUAUGAGAAAAUGGUUUUGUUUGAGAAAUGGGUCGCUACUACUGAUGGAGCAAUGUUUGGCGUCUGUGUCUUCUUCUUCGUGCUGGCCGUAGUGUAUGAGUCCUUAAAGUACUACCGACAGGUCCACUCAUCCAAAGCUCUAUCCCUACUCGGAGGUCAUGUUCACGAAGAGAACGGAACGGCAGCUUCCAGUACGACUACUCAAGACUCGGGCCCAUCAGCAGCUGACAAGUAUGAGAGUCCCCUCACAACAACCCGGGACAGGAUUGUGAGGCCCGCUAUUAAACGGCUAUCAGUCGCACAUCUGUGGCAAACAUUUCUACAUAUACUCCAAGUGUUCAUAUCAUAUCUGCUUAUGUUAGCGGUUAUGACAUUCAAUGUGUGGAUAUGUCUGUCCAUUAUAUUAGGCGCAGGAGUUGGCUAUUUUCUGGUCGGAUCACAAAAACCCAACACAUAUUCAGCCUUUGAAGAUCACUGUCACUGAAUAAUUGACAGUCAAUGGACACGUCUUACAAACUAUUUAUAUUUAUACGGUUUUUCAUCGCAUAUCAAAUCUAUUUGAAAGUGAUUUUUAUAGACUUUAUUUAAAUGCUAUAAAUAUAUUUGCGAAUUA